AUGGAAUGUCUCAGUGUUUCGAGCACAUCCGACGGAACAACGACUUAUUCUACAACUGAAGAGGAGGUGCUCAGUGUUGUCUCGGAAUCUGAGUUCAAGUCAAGCAAUUCUCAACUCGAUUUGCUCUCGCAAGGCGAAGCUGCCGACCCAUUUGCUCCAAUUGUGUACGCAGAGAAGAUUCAUCCACGGAUUGAGCCAGCUAACCGAACUGGAAUGGAAGUGGUGAAGCUUGUAACAAACAUCUUUCCAAUUCGUACCGAUCCAAAUCGUGAGGUCUACCGCUACGACGUGAGUGCUGACUUGGUGACGGGCGUUGAAACAAGAAACAGGAAUGGAGGAGUGAUCUCAAUGAAUCGAGGACCAAAGGAUGAUACGCUGAUGACUCGUCGUUCGGAAGCAGUUCGUGCCGCUCUCAAAGCGGCUUUGGAGGCUUAUCGUAUUCUCAGCGAAACUGGUGUUACAGUCUUCGAUGGAACUACUAUCCUUUUUUCAAACGAAGAUCUCGCUAUGGCUCUGAAACCGCAUAACGGCACUCUCACUCUGCCUGAGAAGCAAAGGAAAUUCGAAUCACGAUUCGCCCUUGCACUGAUUCAGCUCAUCACUUCACUAUUGGAGAUGCGGAAGCGAAGAUUGCCAACGGAGAAAGGAAUCCGCUUCAUUGAAGGCGCCGAGUACAAGGAAACCACGCCAGAUGCUCGAUUAGUGGCGGCCCUUGUAUUGGAUGCGAAGAUUGGAACUUUUUACAAGGCGAACGGACUUGUUGAAACAAUUGCUCAACUGAACAGAUGGGAAGGUGUUCAUCAAGUUCAAUGGGAUCCGGCUGCAAUCAAAAGGACAAACACUUAUUUGCGCGGUCUACAGAAGGCCAGAAAACCCGAUGAUCGUUGGAAUCUGAUCAAAAACCAUCUCGACGAGCUUGAUCUUUCAAGGAACUCUCCAAUUAUGGCUGGAUUUGGCAUCUCUGUUGAUUCGAAGCCUUUGCAGGUUACUGGCUUCCGUCGGCCUGCUCCGAAAGUUCAAUAUGGCGAAUCGAGAUCUGUGCCUACAGAUUUAAAGAAAGCUGGCUGGAAACAGGGAAAAGAAACUUACACCGAGGGCGCUGUUGUGGACAAGCUUUACAUUGCAUGGAAUGAAAACCCACGAGUUCUACCACAAAUUCAAGCAUUUGUCGAGCGCUUCAAGAUCGAAGCGGACCACAAAGGAAUAACAAUUCGCUCACUUGAAGUCGAAAAUGCGCCAACAAAUCUUGACGAUGAAGUCCGAACUGGAAAUCUAUUUGCCAAGGCAAAGAAUCAACGCAAAAUCCUCGGUGCAAAAGCUACGAUCAUGAUCAUCUACAUUUCAAACAAGUUCGUUGAUCCUGCUGGCCGAAUUCCAGAAACGAGGUCUCAUGGGCUCCUGAAAUUCUUGGAAGCGAAACAUCAAAUUGUGACGCAACAUCUGGCAACGGAUACUAUCCUCGGCAAAAAGCAAUACGACAACUCAAUUAAGCCGAUGGAUAAUGCGACUAUGGAGAACAUUCUCAACAAGUUCAAUUUGAAGGCAUUUGGAUUAAAUUAUACGAUUGUGCCGGAGUCUUUCGCAAAAGAUCACUGGUUUGGAUCAACGCUUAUUAUGGGUUAUGACGUCUGCCAUCCAACCGGCCAGACAGUCGGCGAACGUGCUCUUGGCUUUGCUGUUGAAAAUCCAUCGGUGGUUGGGUUUGCACACAACGGCUGUGAGAAUCGCGAUGCGUUUGUCGGUGAUUUUGCAUUUCAAGAGCCUCUCCGGGAACGGGUUGAUGAUCGCCUCCUAAACGCAAGGACGAAAUGGAUGCUGAAGUGGUGGCAAAAGCGACGGGACCCUAAAUUGCCGGAAAAUUUCUUUAUUUUCCGUGAUGGAGUCUCGGAAGGACAAUAUGAAAUGGUUUUGAGUCAAGAAUUGGGUGCCAUUCAAGAAGCUUGUGAUGAAUACGAAGUUGGAUACAAGCCAAAUUUUCUGCUGGUGGUAGUCACGAAGCGUCAUAACAAACGCUUUUUCAAAGAGGGGAGUAAUGGAGCAAUUGGAAAUCCCGAGGCCCUUACUGUGGUUGAUCAAGAAAUCGUCAGAACGGAUCUGACUGAGCUUUUUAUUCAGUCGCACCACGCAAUUCAGGGAACAGCAAAGGCGACUCAAUAUGUUCUUCUCUACAGCUCGGAUCCAUCAAUUACGCAAGAUACUCUCCAACCCUUGAUUCUGGCUCUCACUUUCCAACACCAGAUCUGCAAUAUGCCUGUCUCAAUUCCUGAGCCUGUUUAUCAAUCGGACGAGUGGGCAAAGCGAGGCAGUGAAUUGCUGAAAACAUAUCGCGAUCUGAAAUUCCCGCUGGCUAGGAAAAAUGGCGGAGAUGGACGUGACAAAAGACAACCGAUUGACUGGGAAGAAAUGACCAAACGUCUCGGUUAUAUGAACAAGCCUUUGGAUGGUGUUCGAGCGAAUGCA